GUUAGAAUUGAGUAUGAAAAAAGUGCGUACGGGCUUGGAACUCUCUGAGUUAUGAAUGAGUAUGAGUAGAUGAAACAGUAAAGUUGUUUCUAGACCCCAAAGACUUCUCAACUUUAUGAAACAGUGCUUGCUAUCUCAGUGACUGCUCGAAGAGGCUGUGGUGGAAGGAAAAGCUCAAUUGCAUGGAAGAGUUGGUUCCCAGAAAGAGGCAAGCUCCCAGUGCUAGCCAGAGGCUAGGAAGCACUAAACAAUCCACUGAUCUGCAACAAGAGUUACAGCCAAAGAGCAUCAAAAUCUUACCCGGAGGUGUGGUGCAACUGGAAGACCACAUUGAGUGGUUGUCUGCUCUGCAGGCUCCUCCCAUCAACCCCAGUCUUCACCCCAUCUCACUUGCUCAGUGAGCAGUUCCGGGACCUGCCUAUUCAAAAGAGCUUGACUGUCCUGCCUUGCUUUACUUCUUCUCAGUCCAGACUCCUGAACCGUUUCCAGAGAUGGCUUAUCUUACUUGCCUUUUGGCUAUUCUUCAUGUGCACAAAGCAUUGUGUGAAGAGACAUUGUGGGAUACAACUGUUCGACUUUCUGAGACUAUGACUCUGGAAUGUGUAUAUCCAUUGACGGACAAUUUAACCCAGGUGGAAUGGACCAAGCACAUUGGCACAAAGACAGUGAAAAUAGCUGUUUACAACCCUAACCAUAAUAUGCAUAUAGACCCUAACUACCUCCAUAGAGUGCACUUUCGAAACUCAACAGUGGGGUUCCGCAACAUGAGCCUUUCCUUUUACAAUGCCUCUGAAGCAGACACUGGCAUCUACUCCUGCUUGUUUCAUGCUUUCCCACGGGGACCUUGGGAAAAGAAGAUAAAAGUAGUCUGGUCAGAUAGUUUUGAGAUAGCAGCAUCCCCGGAUAGCUACCUGUCUGUAGAACCUGGACAAGAUGUCACACUCAGUUGCCAGCUUCAAAGGACUUGGCCCGUGAAACAAGUCAUAUGGGAAAAAGUCCAGCCUCAUCAGGUAGACAUCUUAGCUUCCUGUAACCUAUCUCAAGGGACAAGAUACACUUCAAAGUACCUAAGACCAACAUGGAACAACUGUAGCCAGGGGAGCAUGAAGAGUUCCCUCAUCAUCCCCCAAGCCACGGCCACUGACUCAGGACUUUACAGAUGCCGUUCAGAGGCCAGUAUGGAAAUAAAUGAAACCUUUGUCAUAAGGCUGAUCAUAACUGAUGGUGGAAUGAAUAAACAUUUUAUCCUUCCUAUCUUUGGAGGCUUAGCUUCACUGAUACUUGUCAUCCUAAUUAUCAUCAUUAUCAUUUUAUAUAGCAGGAAGAGACGGAGACAAGCGAGAACUCCACUUAAAGAUCCCAGGGAAAAACAAAAUAAGGUAGCCACCAACUGCAGAAGUCCCACUUCUCCCAUCCAGUCUACAGAUGAAGAAAAAGAGGACAUUUAUGUAAACUAUCCAACUUUCUCUCGAAGACCAAAACCAAGAUUCUAAGCUUCUUUUUUGGCCUGAGCACACUAGUGAUGACAUCUAUGGCAUGGAAUUAUACCCAAGCUCUCCUCAUCACCAAAAUCUACAUUGAUAAAAAAAAUUGAAUUUAUUUCAUCUCAUAUAUAGAAGUACUUUAUUACCUGGGAACAUUCUUAAUAGAGAUGCAUUAGAAAACCCAAAUCUAAUGUUCAUAUGUUCAAGAAAUCUUCUUCCAUUAUGUAACAGAACAAUCUAGAGAGGAUUAAGGACCACAUGGCUUUCUUGCUCUACUUGAAAUUAAUUUUGAGCAUAAGCUUGUUUCUGGAUUCUUCCUACAGUAUUGGUUCUACUUACAUACUACUGGUCCAACUCUCAUGCUGCUUCUAUCAGAUGUUCCAUAAUGGUUGCCAAAGGUACUUGGUAGAAAGUUUACUGGUUAAACACAAGAAACAAAGUUCAUUAUUCACAUAUUAGCAAGAAGGCAGCAUUACCAUAAAGGAUUAGAUGACCUAAGUUAGCUAUGGGUUCAAGACCAGGACUAAAGCAUUAUUUGGAAAUCCAGAGUUUUGCUAAAAGGAGGAUGAAAGGGACCUAGAAGCUGAAUUAUUUUUAAUAAACUUUGACUGCAAAGACAUUACUUGUUAACCAGAUAACAAGUAAAUAUGCUAUAGCAUCAGCAUAAUUCCAAAGAGUACAUGUAAAGGAAUGGCUGUAAAUGAGAUAGUUGUAUAUUUCUUCCCUUUCUAGUUUCAUAUAAAUUCAUCUUUAAUUCUCUAGACAAUUCUUGCUACCCAUUCAGGCCUGGCCUUCUAUAUAGUGAGAUGAUCUAAUAAGAAAUAAUUUUUUAAUAAUGAUUUUCCAAUUUUUGAGAAUUAUUUUAAUAUGUAAACUUGUGAGUCAAAAAAUUUUGCAAAAUAGCACAUGAAAAUUAGCACCAACCACAUGGUGGAUGGUUUUAAGUAGUAGAAUUCAGUAAUGUAGGAAUCUGGGAGAAGAGAGUUUGGGAGGAGCUGAAGAGGAAAAGAUAUCAUUAUUGAGUGAUAUAUGAGAGAAAAUCUGUACUUCAAGAGGUCGAUCAAGGCCAUUUUUCCCAACUCUCCUGGCACUGAGAGAAUGUACCUGAUGUCUCCAUUUUAGAUAAAGAAAAAAGGAAUACUUAUGAAGCUAAAUAAAACUAAGUUAUCUCAAAACUAAGGUGAUCAUUAUCAUAUAGAAUUGUAUUUAGUAUCUAAAAGACCCAUUUCUUAUCUCUAACAAAUUUUAAAUUAUCAUAAUCUUUAAAUCUUUAUUGUGGAAAGCUUCAUUGAAGUUUCUGGUAUCAAAGUUUUGUUACAACGUUAAGUGAAAUAAAUCCCAAUGCUAAUGCUGUUACAUAGAUUCUAAAAUGUAAUCCAUAGUUUUAAUGUAAUUAGUGGAUAUUUCAUAUUUUUAACCUUAGAUGCAAAGCAUGAUAAAUAGGCCAAUUAUUUUUCCAGUUACAGAAAUUCAGAAGGUAAUAAAUAAAAAUGACUGUUUUCUUAGUUGUGCUUAAAUAAGAAUGGUUAAUUAACUCAGAUUUUGACUGAUUGCAUGAAGAUUUUUAUCUCAAUUUGUGAACCGUUUCUCUAAAUAUGCCAGUGAACUAUAGUUGAAAGAUAAUUAAUCAGAAAAUAGUCAAUAUUUGGAACCAUCAGAGAUCACAUACCUCAGUUUGCACGGUUAAACAAUUUAGUAUUGUUCAUAAAAUAAACCUCUUUUCAAUAAAUGUUAAAGACAGUAAAAUGAGUCAAAAUAAUGCUUUCUAGUAUGUUUAGAUGCAAAGUUUUGCAAUGGCUAAGUUGGUGAGAGGGAAUGCUUUUAUACUUGCAUGAUAGGGAGAUAUAAAUAACUACCUGGUGGUCAGUGAUUUGUAUGAAGAAUCACCAACGUAGACCAAGAAAGCCUCCAGAUCAAUGGACACUUGCAUCUGUUUCUAUGGCAAUUCAUAUGAUGUUUUGAAAAAAAAUCACUCUCUCAAAAUGUAUUUUCUCUGCCUACCCUUCCUUUCUCUACAGUGUUCCCUUAUAGAAUUUAGUAUUCAUUAGCAAUACUUACUAUAAUCUCUGACCUUCCCUCGUCUCUGUUAUGCUGCAGAGAUGAUGGUCACUGUCUCUCUAGAUAUUUUUACUCAAGAAAGCAUUUUAAUUGCAAUCUUUGUGUCCUUCAAAAUUCACAAGAUUUCUGGAAUAUGACCCCUCCAAUUUUUUUUUUGUGCCUAUUGUUCUGAUUGGCAACAGAGUGAUCAAAACUGAACAAAAAAUGAAGCAUGAAUUUCAGAAAUGGAAUAGAAUUUUGUUUUCAAUAUUUUAUUUUAUAUUUUCAAUAUUUGGUGCUGCUUUGGAGGCCAGAUGCUUUCUGGAGGUGCUUUAUGCAGAUAAUGGAUACCAAUAUAUAGUGCAACAUUAAGUGAAAUAUGGUUGGAUUAAAUGUUAUUAUCUUAAUAUUUUCAUUAAAGUAAGCAAUAAAAGAAAGUUAGGUUUGA